AGUAGUUUUUCCUUAUUUAAAUUACUUUAAAAAGUGCUUUUGGAAGAUUUUAUAAAUUUGAAAAGUGCUUUUUCAAACUAUAAAUUACUGAAAAAGUACUUUUUUUUAUUUAAAUUUCUCAAGAAGUGUUUAUUCCAAAUGGAAAUCAUUCAAAAAAGUACUUUUUUUAAAUUUAGAUUACUAAAAAAAUAAUUUUUUUCAUCACUCAAAAACAUACUUUAAAAAAAUUACUCAAUGAAGUACAUUUUCUUUAUUUAAAGUACUUUUCUGUGCUUAAAUUACUUUAAAAAGUGCUUUUGUAACAUUUUAAUUUUUUGAAAAAGUACAUUUUGACAUAUGAAUGACUGAAAAAGGUACUUUUUCUGUAUUUAAAUUUCUCAACAAGUACUUUUUCAAGAUGGAAAUCACUCAAAAAUGUACUUUUUUAAUUUAAAUUACUCAAAAUCGAGUAUUUCUUAAUUCUCAACAAAGUACUUUUCCUUUAUUUAACAUGCUUAAAAAGGUACUUUUCUGUGUUUAAACUGCUUUAAAAGGUGUUUUUGUAACAUUUCCAUUAUUUGAAAGAGUACUUUUUAAAAAACAAGUUACUGAUAAAAGUACUUUUAAAAUGUUGAAAUGCUGAAGGCGGCAUCAUUGUUCCCACAGGAAGCACAACAGAAACAGGAAAGCCUCAACAGACAGUCAGUUUUCCUGAAGAGCCUUUUUCUAGAGGAAUGUCCUUAAAUGAAUGAUGGUAUCGAAGCGGUGUGGUUUCCCUCCACACUCACUGCACUUUUCACAUAUGUGCUUCUGUCCGUGUGCACGAGCCUUUCGUUUUCUUUCAGCGUGACCCAGAACUGAAGUACUUCAAACGCAAAUGUCUGUAAGAAUGUGCAUGACCAGGUUUUUGUGGAUUCUAACAUCUUCCUGCUUUUGUAUUUCUCCGAAGACAUUUAAGCCUAAAAUGUGAAAAACUGAGUCAAAUUUUCAUGUAUUUGUUAAUAAAAAAAAUAUCUUGAGAUCUUUUGUGGUUUAAUCAGAAAGAUCCUGAAAAGAGCAUCAUGACAAUAAUAGACUUGAAGAGGAGCUUUAGGAGGAGCCCGUUAAGCGUUCUGGUAUUUUCUGGCCCACCAGGCGGGUUAAAUAAUUCACACAAAAUUAGAAACACAAAUGUGGCCUUUAACCCCCUGCAGGUAUUUAGAUGUGCUGUCACUUCAGCAGCUUACUAGUCAGUCAGCCAAUGACCGUCUGUGGAGACCUGGUGGAGGAUAACAAGCUGCGUCUGACUCAAACGUUACAGCAGACGACCACAGGAGUCCACAGGAGAUAUCCACACACGUUCUCCUUCUGCUGAAACCAGGAUUGUCUUCUUCAAAGGUCAUGUUCUGGAAACUUCCAGUCACUGUGGCCCUCUGUGGGCUUCUCCUCGCCACGCUGUUGCCCAGCUCUGAGGCCCGCCGCGGAGGUGGUGGCCGUGGAGGUGGUGGCUUCAGCCGCGGAGGAGGAGGUGGCUACAACCGUGGAAUUGGAGGAGGAGGAGGCUACAACCGUGGGUGGGGCGGCCAGGCCUAUAGGCCCCCUCAAAGCAGCGGCCCCAGUGCAGGGAAGAUAGCAGGGGCCGCAGCUGCUGGAGCAGUGGGAGGAGCCAUGCUGGGGUCCGCCCUCAGCCGUCCGGGGUAUGGGUAUGGGUACGGAGGAUACGGAGGCUACGGGGGGUAUGGGGGAUACGGCGGUGGGUAUGGAUACCCACGAUAUGGAGGCGGUUAUGGCCCAAGACCGGGCUAUGAGCCCGAGGGUUCUGGAGACUUUGACUACUACUCUGGAUCCUCCAGCAGCCCCAUCUACAACAGCAUCAUCGUUGUCAUCGGCUCUCUGCUGUCUCUGCUCAUGGGCCACUGGGUGGCAGUCGUUUGAUGAGCCGAUUUCCUCCACUGCUUCAAAAUAACCAACCAAAGACGAUGACCUUAAGGUCACGAGACAGCUAAAAGACUUGAUCCCAUCUGUGUGUAGCAGAGAAACUAUUAGAUCCUCUGGUUUCAUAAGCUUGUUUUCUCUUAUUGUGGCCACUUUUUUAUACUUCAUAGGAUUUGUUGCUUCUCGACAAAAAAAGCUAUUCAUUUUAAAAUGUUUAAAAGCACUUUCUUUCUUUCUUUCUUUAGAUGAAGUGUGAGGACAGCUCACACCUGACUUAUAGAAGAGAGUCUACCUCAAAAACUCCUCUUAGGAUCAAAAAUAUUAGUUUAAAACUAUUUGUUGUCAAUUUUGUGGGGUUUUUUUUAGCCUAUGUUUACACAUUGCUCACAUGCAGACAGGUUUACCAUUUCAUGCAAUUUUGUAGGUUUUUAUAUAAAAUAAAUGCUUCUGUAUGUGCUGUUGAAAUAAAAAAAAACUCGUAAAUAAAACUGUGAAUGUUAUUUUCUGGAUUAAAAUGUGACAUUUGACUGAAGUUUUUUUGGCGGUGGACUUUCUUUGACAAGCCUGGCUGCUUGUCAUCUAGUAAAACAAGACGCGAUUUAUUUAUAUCAUAAACAGUCGAUAAACAGACUGACUGGGGUAUACGGGUUUCCCUUUUUAUCGCCACA